CACCAUUAUAAUUGUGACAGUUUUGUGAAAAAUUUGAUCUUUUGUUCCAAUAUUCUUCAUUACCCAGUUGACUGAUUAUCUUGAUUCUAAAGUCAUCAUGGUUGAGACUCGAAGUGGACAAUCAACUAAGAAGAAGGAGGUUCACGUUAUAACUGGUGGAGGUGGCUAUGUUGGCCAGAACCUAGCUGAAAAACUUCUUGAUAAGGAUGUCUCUAUUGUGCUCUUUGAUCUUAAUAGGCCCAAGGAGGAUUUGGUUGGGGAUGUUACCUUUAUACAGGGUGAUAUCCGUAACUUUAAUGAUGUGAAAGAGGCAUGCAAGAAUGCUUCCAUUGUGUAUCACCUGGCGUCUUAUGGUAUGUCAGGGCGAGAGCAGCUCAACAAGACUCUCAUCGAGCAAGUCAAUGUUUUAGGGACAAAGAAUGUGAUAAAAGCUUGCGAAGAAAGUGGUAUCACACGUCUUGUCUACACAAGUACUUACAAUGUUGUCUUCGGCGGCCAAGAGAUUAGAAAUGGCGACGAAUCCUUACCAUAUUUACCACUUGAUCAACACCCUGACCAUUACUCCCGAACAAAGGCGAUUGCAGAGAUGGCUAUUAUGGCAGCCAAUGGUUCCCAAGUUGAAGGGGGAGGGAAACUGGCAACAUGCGCUCUCAGGCUGGCUGGGGUUUACGGUCCAGCAGAACAGAGACAUCUUCCUAGAAUUGUUUCCUAUCUUGAGCGUGGUCUGAUGGCAUUCAGUUAUGGUUCAGACCCUAUCACCGACUAUCUCCACAUUGACAACCUAGUUCAGGUUGAGAUACUUGCAGGGGAGGCACUCAGUGAGAAGAAAGACAGAGUUGCCGCUGGCCAGACAUACUUCAUAUCCGACAACAAGCCAAUCAACACAUUUGAAUUCUUCAGACCUCUUGUGCAAGGGCUAGGCUUCAGUGGACCAUAUAUCAAUCUACCUCUCAAGUUGAUUUACUUUAUAGCUAUCAUUACAGAGUUCUUACAUUCCAUUAUUGGUCGAGUCUACAAUUUUCAACCUCUCCUGACCAAGACUGAGGUGUACAAGACCGGUGUGACCCAUUACUUCAGUAUUGAGAAAGCUGCCCGGGAUCUAGGCUACUGUCCCACGGUACAGAACAGAUUGGACGAGGUCAUACAACAUUUCAAAAGUCUAGGGCAUGGCAAGAAGGAGACAAAGGAACAGUCGUUUAUCAUGCGUUAUCUGGUCAAUAUCAUCAUAGCUUUUAUAUUUGCUUCGAUUAUUCUGUCUUUUCUACCUGUGACAAAUUGAUGUUUACUGUACGAUUAGAUUCUUUUGACAUUCGUAUUCUGGGAGUGGGGGGGGGGGGGAUGUGGCGUGGUACCAACUGAACACAUGAAGACAACAUGUAAUCUUUAGUGUUAUCCACUCAGUACUUCUGUCUUUUAGUUUAUCAAUCUGUCAUAGUUGUGGUCAAAGGAAGACAAAUGAAUCCCCUCAAAUGAACCAGGACUAUCAUUGAAAUGUAUAUUUAGGAAUCUGUUCCUUUGUAUGACGAUAUUUGUACAAUCAUGUUUC